GAGGUGUGCGCCUGGGCAAGGAACAUGGACUUCGUCCGCCUCUGGCUAGGGCUGCUGCUGCCUUUGGGGGGUGCGCUGGACUUCGGCUACCACCACCAGGAAGAGAUGGAAGCGUUUUUGAAGAAUGUGGCCCGAAACUACAGUUCUAUCACUCGCUUACACAGUGUUGGGAAGUCUGUGAAAGGCAGAAACCUGUGGGUUCUUGUCGUGGGGCGCUUCCCAAAGGAGCACAGAAUUGGGAUUCCAGAGUUCAAAUACGUGGCCAACAUGCACGGAGACGAGACUGUGGGGCGGGAGCUGCUACUCCAUUUAAUUGAACAUCUUAUAACCAACGAUGGAAAAGACUUGGAAAUCACAAAUUUAAUCAACAGCACCCGGAUACACUUCAUGCCUUCCAUGAACCCAGAUGGCUUUGAAGCGGUCAUAAAGCCUGACUGUUUUUACAGUAAUGGAAGGGAAAAUACUAACUUCUAUGACCUGAACAGAAAUUUCCCCGAUGCUUUUGAAUUUAACAAUGUAUCAAGGCAGCCUGAAACUGUGGCCAUCAUGGAGUGGCUGAAGACAGAGACGUUUGUCCUCUCUGCAAACCUCCACGGCGGUGCCCUGGUGGCCAGCUACCCGUUUGACAAUGGUGUUCCAGCGACAGGGACAUCACACUCCCGUAGCUUAACCCCUGAUGACGAUGUUUUCCAAUACCUUGCACAUACCUACGCUUCUAGAAAUCCCACCAUGAAGAAAGGAGACCAGUGUAAAAACAAAAUGAACUUUCCUAAUGGAAUCACAAAUGGCUACUCUUGGUAUCCACUCAAAGGUGGAAUGCAAGAUUACAACUACGUCUGGGCCCAGUGUUUUGAAAUUACAUUGGAGCUGUCAUGCUGUAAAUAUCCUCAUGAGGAGAAGCUUCCAUUCUUCUGGAAUAAAAACAAGGCCUCACUGAUUGAAUAUAUAAAACAGGUGCACCUAGGUGUAAAGGGUCAAGUUUUUGAUCAGAAUGGAAAUCCAUUACCCAAUGUAAUUGUAGAAGUCCAAGACAGAAAACAUAUCUGCCCUUACAGAACCAACAAAUUUGGAGAGUAUUAUCUUCUUCUCUUGCCUGGGUCCUAUGUAAUAAAUGUUACAGUCCCUGGACACAAUCCAUACCUCACAAAGGUGGUUAUUCCAGAAAAAUCCCAGAACUUCAGUGCUCUUAAAAAGGAUAUUUUACUUCCCUUCAGAGGACAGCUGGAUUCUAUCCCAGUAUCAAAUCCUUCAUGUCCUAAGAUUCCUCUGUAUAGUGAUUUGCCAAGCCACUCAGCCGCAACAAAGCCUGGUCUGUUCUUAUUUUUAGUGACUGUCUUUCACAUGUUUGUCAAAUAAAGCAAAAUGUGAAACCCAACCCCCAUCACCACCUGGAAUCAGGGAUUACUCACACCAGGUUGCUGCAACUCUUUGAACUCCCUCUGUGGGACCUUGACUGAAGAAACACCAUGGUCCUUCCCUAAGGAGAGAAAUGGUUGUUUUCAAACUACAACAAACAAUGUGUGGCGAUAACAAAAGGAAUGAUUUAAUCUUGACGAAUGGAAGACACCUUUCAAGUACUGUCCACUUAUACUUAAUCUUGAAGUUGUCUUAGGAAUUUAUAAGAAAAACUUGAGAAUCAAGAAAGAAGU